AUGCCGAAACGCCUGAAGCCUCAGUUCUUUAUUUUUACACCAACAGAAGAAAUCAUACUGUCUGAUGUCAAAUACAUAAUGAGUUCUGUCCUUGAGAAACUUCCUUACCAAGGCAACACAAAGCUGAAUGAGUUCCUGAGGAAGAAAAUCGACGGUUUGGAGACAGACAAGAGGGAAGUGAUCGGUGUUUUUGGCAGAACUGGGGCUGGAAAGAGCUCUUUGAUAAAUGCCAUCAUUGGAGAGAAGAAUCUGUUGCCUACUGGGGACUCCAAGGCCUGUACCUCUGUCAUGAUUAAAGUGGAGUCAAACCCUGACAACUCAAAAUACGAAGCAGACAUUGAGUUCAUUACACCAAAGGAGUGGGAAGAUGAGGUUUGGUUAGUGAAGCAGUUUCAUGACAAUAAUACAGAUCGGGAACAGAAAAAGGAUGAGGAUGAAAAGCUGUCUGCACUGUAUGGAAAAGAGUGGAAAGACAAAUUCCCUGAAAAUCCUGUAGACCCCAAAUACUUCAGAGAAAUUCCAGAAUUUCUCCAAUCCAAGAAGAAGACUCUGACGUUUAAAUCAGCUAAAGAUCUUUCUGCAAAAUUAAUCAAAUAUACAAGGACUUCCUCAGAACGCAGACAAAAGAAAGGAAUAACGAGGUGUUUUUGGCCACUGGUGAAGUGUGUGACCAUCGAGGUGCCUAAUAAUGAUCUUCUCCAACACGUCACACUGGUGGACCUUCCUGGAAGUGGAGACCGGAACAAGAGCAGAGAUGAAAUGUGGAAAAGGAUUGUUGGAGAUUGUUCUACUGUGUGGAUUGUGGCCAAUAUUGAACGAGCAACAUCAGAAAAAGAACCCUGGGAGAUCCUGGAGAACACCUGCAGCCUCAUUGGAAAUGGUGGCCAGUGUCAGCAAAUUCACUUUAUCUGCACCAAGUCUGAUGUUAUUGAAGAUUCAGAUGAUGAUUCAGAAAAUGUUCGUGAUCGCAUCGUAGAAAGAAAUGAAGAAGUCAAGGAAGAAGUGAAAGAAGAAUUUGACAGUCUAAACCAGGUUAAGAAACAUGUCAGUGAUUUCCAAGUGUUCACAGUGAGCUCCAAAGAGUUCCUGAAAAAGAAACAUCUGGAUCCAGAGGACACCGAAAUACCCAAACUUCAGGAAUUUUUGAAAGAUCUCAAUGACGAUCACUCCGAGACAUUAAACUAUGUGAAGGGAGCUUAUGGGAUCCUCUCAUUGAUGGAAGGGGCUAGGUCUAAAAAAGGGGCUGAAAAGAAAACAGAUGUUUGUGUUCAACUUGAAAAGAAUCUAAACCUUCAACUUGGUGGAGUCCAAAAAGCAGUGGAAGAUGCUCACAAGGCUUUUGAAACACGUCUUACUGAGGGGGUGGAAAGAUCUAAACGUUUAUGUGAAAAAAAAAUACACUCCAUCUUAUAUCCUCCAAAGACGGGCAGUGCUUUUCACAGGACACUGAACUCUGUAGUUCAGAAAGAUGGCGUCCACAAACCAGAAAAAGAAACACAAAUCAACCUGAAUGCUACAUUAGCUUCAUGGCUGACAGACAGCAUCGAUGAGGAGUUCAAGAAGACCUUCCCAAAUGAAGAUAAAAGGGAAUCAUUCAAAGGCGCCAUCAGGUCAUUUUCCCUGAACACAAAGAGGCUAAAGAAGGAGAAUCAAAGCCUCAAACUGCAGCUGAUAUUUCUCAUGACAGAGGAAGAAAUAAUAAAGACAAAACUGAAAAAAAUCAUUCGGGACCAUAAGAAAACCAUCUACAGCACCCUGGCAGAGACAAUCAAGGCAAAAAUGCUGAUCUGCUACAAAAAAGCAGCAGCAUUUCGUAAAAAGGACACACUGGAAAACAUGAGAGAGACUAUUAAACGACAUCUACGAGUCUCAAAAGACACGAUGUUUGAGGAGGCUAAAGCUGUCAUGUUGAAGGAGAUGAAGGAUUUAAAGGCUAAAAUCCUGGAGACACUGCAGGAGACCUUGGAGAAAUCCAUUGAGAUGUCAAUGAAGACAGAUGACAGCUUAACUCCAGAUGUUGCAGCAGAACUUGAGGAGGUGAAGAAAUACUACAAGGAACUGAAACGCAGCCGAGCCGGAGAAACGUCACAACUGGGGUAAAACCUUGAAUCUUCCAUCAGUGGACAGAAACUCCAGAGGUCUGCUCUCCUACUGAACAUCUGAGGAUCAUCGAGUCAACACUGGACUUGGUCUGAGAUGUUUUUAUUCAGUUGGUUUCUACGUACUCUUUGAUGCUUUGGUUUGUUCUUUGACUGUUUUUUAGAGAUGUUUCUAAAGUUUUUCUCUUUUUAUACCUUUUUUAAAUCAUAGUAAUGAAAUGAAAGAGCCUGGUUGGAUCUGAACCAGUGAUGUUCUGGUUUUCAUCAUGCAGAUAUAAACCAUAAAACAUUUAGAUUUUAAGGAUUGAACUUUUUUUCUUUGCUUUCCAGUUGCAUAUUUUAGUUUUCUGAGUUUCUUGUGGGUUCAUUGGGGGGGCUGCAGAUUCAGGGAUUCUAUCAAUGUGUGCACAUUUAACCUUCAACCUUGAAUCCAGCUAAAACUUCAGCUUUGAUUUAACAGAUUUUAGGCUUUUAAAGAGUGAUUUUGAAUCAGUGGGUUUCCUUUAAGUUCCAGGACAAACAUUUACUGAGUGUGAGAUGAUGUUGGUGUUCACAUGAAAGGAACAAACUGUCAUCAUUUAUUAUAUCGUUGUUUUAUUUUACAUUUAAUCUGCACUGAUUCUGAAUGAAAACAUGUUUCUGAUCAAACAUUAUUGUUGAACCUUCAAUCAAACCUAAACUGCAGGUUGAUGUGACUUCAGGCUUUUCAGAAUAAGUCAACAUUUACUGGAUCAUUGGUUUAUUUGGUGUCUGCUCUGUACUGAGUCUAAAUGCAUACAUUUGAUCUGAUGUCCUGUCCAAUAAACACU